GGUCUAUUCUGUACCUCGCUGUGGUGUCAUAUUUUAAUUGGCUUUAAAGUGCACAUACAAGACUCGAAUGUAAAAGAAUUAUGUUUUUUAAGUUGUGAAUUUAUUAACAUGUUAAAAAUAUAAAAAGAAGUGAGUAAAUAUUAAAAUUAUAAAAUGCCACUUCCAGCUGCGUUAGCUGCACGACUUGCGAAAAGAGGACUUAUUUCUGGCUCGGAAAAGCACGAAUCCGCUAAAAAGGAAUCUAGAAAAAAGAUCCAUGAAGAAGUAAUAGCUGAAGAUUAUGAUAGUACAAAAGAUGACAUUAAUCAAAUUGACAUUUCACAAAAAUUUAUGGGUUACAGUGGAUGUCCCAAUAAAUAUAAUAUUUACCAUGAAUGUACAAAGAAGUGUAAAGAAUUGUGGGGACUUGGACAUGUACAACCUUCUGACAAAUACUUAAAAAAACAAAUGAGGUUAAUACAAAAAUACCCUUUACCAGAAACUUGGAAAGCUGUUUAUGAUCCAGGAUCUGGUCAGCAUUAUUAUUGGGAUUGGUCUUCUGAUUUAGUAUCCUGGCUACCACCAGGUCAUCCAAAAUGUCAAAUAUCUCAGCCAGCUUCUCAAUUAAGAGAAGAACUACAUCUUAAAGCAGCAGAUCAAGAUGAUAAUAUGUCAAGUGAUGACAGUGGUAGUGAGCAGGAACCAAUGGAAGUAGACGAACCAGAGCCGAAAAAGGAUAAAAAAUUAGAAAAUAGACCGAGACAUAAAUCGGGAGAUAAUAAAAGAAAUCAAAGGUUGGAAAGGUGCGAAAAUAAAGAGAAAAAAGACAGGACUUUGGAUCCUAUGGAUCCAGCAUCCUACAGUGAUAUUCCAAGAGGCAAAUGGUCUGAUGGUUUAGCAAGACAUAAUGAAGCCAAAACGGGAGCAGACACAACUGCCUCAGGACCACUUUACCAAAUGAGGCCAUACCCUAGUCCAGGUGCGGUUCUCCGAUCAAACAGAGCCAAUAAAACAGAAAUAGAAUCCUCUAGUAAACCUAAAGUGACUGGUCCCGAAAAACCAGAAUAAAUUCUGUAACUUUCGAUGUAUUGUACAAUUUAUUAUAUACAUUUGGUGUAAAUA